UGUGCUCGCUCCUCUGAUAAGGACUGGAUUUUUUUGUGGGAUGAAGGCAUCAAAAAAGACAAAAUCACUCAGCAGCCCCGAAGCUGUACAGAAACAUAGAUACAACCUCCCAUCCCAUGAUGCCCUGGCACAGAUCCUACCAAACAACCGCAUCAUCCUGAAGGGAGUGAAAACUGAGCUCCACAGAGAAACCAAACAAGAACAGAAGAUGCUAGCUAAGAAGCCAGAGGCAACACAGGCUAACAAACCCAAUAUUAACCACACCUAUCAAAUUCGUCAGCCACAUAAACGACCUCCCCUGCAUGACUUUGAGGUUGAUCCCCGUGUGGCAGAGAUCAGCGGUCUCCAAACUAAGGAGGCUGAAAACUACUGCUCGGCCAUGAGUAGAAUGGCAGAGGACAUCAUAGUGCUGAGGACACAGAUGGUGACGUUGGAGGCAGAAAACAGCCAGCUCCGCAUUGACCUGUCUUUGCACCAGGACCUCAGGACAGAUCCGCUGGAUGACUCAGACAUCGACUCAAUGGCCAAAGCUGAGAUUUCUAAGCAUAUAGCGUCUCUGAAAUUCAAGCUUGCCACUGAGUCCAAUAAUGCUGCCUCUCAAAGGGACAGGAUCCAACAGUUGCAGAAUGACCUGAUCAAGAAAAAUGACGGUGAGAAGGAGCUGCUAAAGCUCCAGAGAGUCCACCAGCAGCAGGAGGAUUUUCUGCAACAUCACCCGAGUCACUUAGCAAAGAUGGCAACCCUAGAGGCCACAGUGAAACAGCAGGCAAAGGUCAUUGAGAAGAUGGAGAAAGCUUUGGACAGCAACCUCAGGGAGAGGAAUAAGCAGAGUGUUGACAAAAUGCUGGUGGUGAAUAAGCAAAGAGGUGAGAUGGAAAAAAGAAAGGACGAGAAGGAGUCAGCCUUGACAGAAGAAAACAGACGCCUCAGAGAAGAGCUGGACAGGACUCGUCAACACCCUAACGCAUUUAUUAUCCCGCAGUCAGAACAGACACUCAAUGAGAGGCAGAUUUUACUUCACAAAGUGGAGCAGGCUGAGGCAAGAGCCCAAAUACUUGAGGCCCAGUUGGAGGAGAACUCAAAGCAAUGGGGGAAACAGAAACAAGAAAUGUUGACAAAACUGAGUGAGCACAGACACGGCUUUGUCCGGACAUCAACAACAAUCUUUCAUAAUGACACAUCAAAGUCUGUAUCAGAGGCACUGAGGAAGCAUAAGCCUGUGAAAUAACCUGUGAAUACAUCACAUUUACAUACACAAACCCAAGGCAAGGCAAGUUUAUUUACAAAGCACCAUUCAUACAAAGAGCAAUUCAAAGUGCUUUACAGAGUUAAAAAC